AUGGGUGGAUUAAUUUCAAGAUGGAGGACAAAGCCUUCCACUGUAGAAGUAUUAGAAAAAAUAGAUAAGGAAAUAAAGGCAUUAGAAGAAUUUAGAGAAAAAAAUCAGAGGCUACAGAAACUAUGGGUUGGAAGGCUGCUUCUCUACUCCUCACUUCUUUACCUUAUUACUUGCUUAAUUGUAUAUCUGUGGUGUCUUCCUGAUGAGUGGACAGCAAGGCUGGCAAUGACACUUCCAUUUUUUGCAUUUCCAUUGAUAAUUUGGUCUAUAAGAACAUUGCUCAUCUUUUUCUUUUCCAAACGGACAGAAAGGAAUAAUGAUGCACUGGAAGAUUUAAAAUCUCAGAAGAAAAAAAUACUUGAGGAAGUGAUGGAGAAGGAAACAUACAAGACAGCUAAAUUAAUCCUUGAAAGGUUUGAUCCAGAAUCAAGUGCAAAGGUGCCUGAACUACCAUCUGCUGGAACAUCUGCAACCCCAAGACCUGGACAAGAAAUUCGUCAGAGGACUGCAGCUCAAAGAAAUGCUUCUACACCCCCACCAGUGGCUUCUAAACAAGGCUCUCCAAAGUCACCAGUUCCAGGAUCUCCUAAUCUGCAGAGAGACACGUCAGCUCCGAGUGGACCCCUGGAAAGAACCGUUGUGCCAACCUUGCAAUCAAAUGUUUUACCAAGACACCCUGGAUCCCCUGCUACUUCAGGGCCUGGAAUGGGUCUUCAUCCUCCAGGCCCUCCUUUGGCAAGACCUAUUCUUCCUCGAGAAAGAGGAGUUGUGGAUAGAGUUAUUGAAUAUUUGGUUGGAGAUGGUCCUCAGAACAGGUAUGCCCUUAUAUGUCAGCAGUGUUUUUCUCACAAUGGUAUGGCUUUGAAGGAGGAGUUUGAAUACAUAGCAUUUAGAUGUGCCUACUGCUUUUUCUUGAAUCCUGCAAGAAAAACUAGACCUCAAGCUCCACGACUUCCAGACUUCAGUUUUGAGAAAAGGCAGCCUACAGAAUUGCAGUCUAAAACUGAGCCUCUAGAACCUACAGGGAAUAAGCCCCAGGAGACUGAACAGACAGAAGAAUCUGAAGAAGACACAUCCCAGAUGAUAGAGGCAAGUGAGGCAGAUGAUAAAACACCAAGUUCUGAGCAGCUAAAUGAUAAUCUAGCUGAAGAAGUUGAAAAACAAGAAGCAGAAAACGUUUCAACAACUGAAGAUUCUAUUUCAGAGUCUAUUUCAGCUGAACAAAGUGAAGAAUCCUUAAUGAAAGCAGAAUAAAGUACUUCAAGUGCCUUCUGUAGCUAGUUUUUAGCUUUGUUCAUGCCUGUUGUUACUAUUCAGGUGAGCUUUUUUUAAUGGUACAACUUAAAAAUCUCGCUUGAGCAUAAACUGCCUCAAUGCCACAGUGUGUCAAAGCUAUGUGUAAAAGUGGGUAUUGUAAAUUAAUCAUGUCUCUAAGUUAACACACAGAAUGUGUAGUUGGUUGAAGUCUAACAGUUGUAGUCAUUGUUUAGUUUGCAUAUGUUAAAAC